AUGAAGAUGUCGAGGCAAGGGCGACAAGGUGAUCAAGUGACAAGUGGGAAAGAGAAGAGAGACAAAUGGAGAAGCAGCAAUUUGCUCACGGUGCCCUCACGAGAUCACGCUUCGGCCGCUUCUUUCUCCACCUCAAAACUCCAAAUGCCCAUCUUCAUUUUGUCUCGCAACCGCUUUUUGCCCGCCUCCCUCCCCUCCCUCCCCUCCCUUCACACCCCCUCCUCACCGGCCAAUCGAGUACGCGCCGGAACAGGCCACAGGGCAGGUGUGAUUUUGGGCCCACACAGGUCACGAGGUGGGGCUACCGGUGCGGCUGAGGAAACGAGGCCAGUCUCGGUGGCGGCCAAUUCUCCCAGUCUCCCGCACCAGUCAGCCCCUUCCCCACAUCUCUCCCUCACACCACAAACCCUUUCCGGACGCUUCCCCUCCUCUUUGCCGGCGCACAAUCCGGCCGGACACGCUCAUGCGUGA